CUAUGCACAUGUGCAUUGUGUAUUAUGCUGAUUUUGUGUAUUUUCUGUCAUGCGAUCGUAUUAACAUUGGCAAUGCUGGAAAAUGAGUGCUAUCACGAUGAAUUAGGGAACAUUUUGGUGUUAGUUGGGGGCCGAAAGCCCUUCGACUGACCCACCGAUCACCACUGGUGACAAUCCAGUGGUCACCUAUAUUCCUGGGGCUGCAUUUUGUACUGAUGUGGAAACUUUAGGUAAACAGUUUGACGUGAUAGAAGUUCAUUUCAAAGCCAAGUCUGUCCCCGGCCCCGAACAACUAAACACUAACUUCUUUGGCAACAUUAUGGCGGAUCCUGAAAAUGAAAGUAGGCCCAGCAAAGGCAAAUCAGCUACUAGAAGUGACGGAUUAUCACCCACUGAUCUGAUGACUGAGCAACUGGAAGCCUCAAUAAGCCCCAUUGUGAAGCGAAGGAUAGACGCGAUGGUAGCCGAAGUCAAUAAGUUCAAUGACCUUGAGAAGCUGCUGUUGUACCUGAAGCUGCCGACGGGCGUCAGCGGGUUCGAUUCCAACCGGCUGAAAAGCUCAUCCCCCUCGCUAGCGGUCACCCGCAUCGAGCAGACGCAGGCUUUCAACUGGAUCCGGAGUCAUCUGGAGGAGUGCAGCGAUACGUCGCUUCCUAAACAUGAAGUAUAUGAGGACUAUCGCUUGCACUGUGAUUCGGCCACUCGUCGGGUCUUGAGCCCCGCAGACUUUGGCAAGAUCAUGAAGAGUGUCUUUCCCCAGGUCAAACAGCGACGUCUUGGCACACGCGGAAAUGCCAAGUAUUGCUACAGCGGCCUACGCAAAAAAAGUGAGAUCCAGCCACCAUUACUGCCAAGUAUGGAAUCCCCACGCAAAAUUGGACCAAAUGACAUACCUCACAGCUCUUCCUCUUGCAAGUGCAGCCAAGAACAACAGCAGGCCGACCUGGCCAACACCAUUGUCAUCUGUGAAUGGGCCGAGAAGAUCUUUGCCACCCACUUCCAAACCACAGAUGAGAUUGCCCACCACCUUGCCAGCAAUAAGUUAGUCUCUAGUUCCAUGGCUUCCUUCACAGUACUCUCCAGUGGCAAGGAUUCCUUGUCGUCAUCGUCGAGGUCGCUGCGGCCGGAUUUUGCAGUGGCGAAACUGCCUAUUACACCGGAAGAGCGGCGGAAGGAGACACAGCAUCAACUGCAGAAGAAGAUACAGCAGCGGCAGCUUCACAAGAUGAAGGAAGAACAGUUGCGACAGGCCAACGAGCGACUUCCGGCACUGAAGCCUGGAGACCCCAUCAAGGGUGCCAAACAGCGAGACGACCGAAAAGUACUGAACAGGAGCCACAGUAUGCCUGAUGAGAUGCAAAUGAAUGCAAGAACUGAUUCACACAGGGGAGAGAAUAAAGAACUGGACAAGGCCCCCAAUGGUAGCCAGUUUGGUAACCAGCAGGUUGAUCAUAAUGCUAGCCUAGCUCACCAAUCAGGGUUACAGACAAACAACAACAGCAAUAACAACAGUAACCAGCUACCUGUUUCAAGCUCGGUAACCACCACCGUUACAACAGUCAAGGAAAGUCCAAACAACAAACGUCGGUUCACACCCAUACAACCCAAGACUCCCGUGAGGGAUGGUGCGGUAAAAAUGCCCCUGAAUGUCAACAACUUACCCAAUGGGCCGAUGGUGUUUUUUCAGCCGAACGGAACAAUUCUGAAUUCAAAAGGGCAAAAGCUUCCCCCUGGAGUCCAGUUCAUUCAAAUAUCGGGUCUCUCUAAUGGCUCCAUGCCUCAGAUGGCUACCAUUCCCAUACAGAACAUUCCUAACCCCAAGCUGGUUGCCUCUGGGACAUCCAAGUCAACCGUUUCAUCACCAGGAACGUCUAGAGCUCAGAAUGUCAUUGCUGUGCCAGUAUCUCCUGGACAGGUCUUGAAAGGUUCUCCUGUUGCAGGGGGUGUACUUGUUGUCAAACAGUCUCCUCAAGCAGGCCUUGCCGCUAACUUUGUGAAUGGCUCUCUACAAGGUAACAAGGUGUCAGUCGGACAGAAAGACCCUACGACGACAUUGCCAUCCCAUAGCAACACUCACAUGCUGCAGUUACAGUCAGACGCAGGAGGCGCGUCACCUCAGGGAGGCUGUAGUGCCACUCAUUCAGGUAUUAUCCCCUCUUUGACUUCUACAUCACUUCUUUCAAGCAAACAGGAUGUCCUCACCUCGCCCCCUGUCCAGCCAAAUUCGACCCCAGCUUGCCCAUACACUGCAAACACCUCAACAGUACUCCUUCGGUCUGCACAUGUGGAGCCUCAGAAGACUUCACCACAAGCAGAUAAUCACCCAUCAUCUGCUGUGAAUCAAGUUGCAGUUAAUAAAUUAAAUGAGGUGAAUCCAGUUGCCGUAGGCAUUCCAACAGCUUCUGUUUCUCAUCACCCAUCAACAGCAGUCACCUUUUCGACCUUUCCAUUUCAGAAGCAGACAAUGACAGCUCGGGAUGGUAUGUCCAUGGCAGGGAAUCAUGAUUUGAAUGUGUUAUCCUCACAGGGUGGGCUAACGUGUGGUCUUGCUGCAAGUGACCACAAGCAGAUACCUGCCAAUUCAGCAUCUGCACUUCUGGCGAUCUUGUCCAACACUGCCAAUAAGGAGCAAGGUCUUGAGGAAAGCAGAGGAGCUAGCAAGGUAGCCAGAGCCAACCCCCAGAUUGGAGGAAGUAAUCAUAACCUCCAGCCUGCAAUCAUUUCUAUGACAGGAGCUUCAUCAAUAUCACAAUUGGCUCAACAAAAUAUGGGUGGUUUAGUUUCUACAGCAUACAAAGCUUCACAAGAUGCACAUUUGAAGUCCAACAUGAUGUCCUCUGCAAGCCUGAAAAACGUGCCAGCUGUGCCAGUUCAGUUGACCAGGGCUCAAAAAGACCUACCACCAGCUUCUAACAGCGGUCUGAUAUCAAUAUUAACAGCACCAAGUCUUGAAACAAGUCAUGUGAGUAACCUGCACCAGGCAAACCAACAGGUCAAGGAAGGCCAUCAACAGAUUUCAUCCUCGUAUCAGAGCAUUCCUGUGUACAGCCUCCCAAUAAACACUGCUAAUCAACCUCUUGAUCUAGCGGCACAUCGGAUUCAGCUGCCCAUUGCUAUGGAGUUAGGUAACAAGAGGCUGGCUUUAUCACCUGUCCACGUCGACCAGUCUUCAUCUGCAGUCUCCCUCCAACAUCGAACAUUACUCCCACAGAUCAAUGAGGUAGGCUGUAAUGCCAUGGAAGAUGUCAACACCAGUAUCCUGAUCAAGCAGGAAAUGGAAAACCUUGGAAGUCAGCUGGUGCAGCAAGGAAUACCAGUCACGCAGCCUAUCAGCUUUGUGAAUGGUAUUGCCCAGGGUACAGCAGUGAUUGGCAUCCAACAGCCAGCAGGCAUAGAAUGCCAAGGAAGGCAGAGUACUACAUCUAGUUUAAACCCACAUUCUAACACAGCAACACCUAUACCGCUUGGGAUAGAGAGUGUUCCCCAAAGCCCCAACGACCCCAACCAGGUGUAUUUCACGUUCACACCGAUCCAGCAGAGCACAGAGCAAGUUGGUGUAAGUGUAACCAGCCCCAGCCCGGUGAAGCCAAUGCAGAAGCCCAAGCCAAAGUUUGGCACUUCACAGGUAAGCUUUGUUGCCCCCAAUCGCAAACGACGAAGUUCGGGUACAACAAGGCGACCAAACACCAACGGCACAAUAAAUUGUCUUCCUCCUGCUGUCAGCCGUCAGAUCACACCCACCCCCUCUCCCAGCGGGAGUCGUUGCUCGACGCCACUAUCACCAUCCUUGGUUUCAGCAAUCAGCCAAGCAGAUGCUGCAAGUAUGCCACCCCCAUCACCUGUGACAGUCCUAUCUGACCCUAGUCAGGCUAUGAGCAACAGGGGAUCUACAAAGCGUGACCUGUCUAGCCAAAGUCAAACACCAUGGGGGACACAGGUCAUCAGUAACAGGAAGAGGAAUCCAUCCGGGCCUGCAACCUUGAUGCAGCCGACCAAACAGCUUUCGUUAGAUGCAGCUACCUUUUUACCCGAAGAGAUAACAGAUCUUAACAUCCGUAGCUACAAUCCCAAUUUGGAGUUGAACACCUCACAGCAUUAUCAGCGAAGUCAUAGUGUUCCUCUGCCAGCCUACCAGCCAGUCGUACUCAGUCAGGACAGGUUCAUAUCCAACUUCCCCGCAUCUGUUGAGCAGCGAGGGGUAACCGUCAAUAACCGGAGUUUUGGAGCUAAGCGCAACCUUACCCAGGAGUUGCAGGAGAUCCAAGUCACAGACGAAGACUUCAAUCCCGAAGAGCAUUUCCUUGAAGGGAGUGACACAGCUUUUAAUGAUCUCCUGAAUGCUGACUUGCAGCAACCCACCCAGGGUCAAGGGUCAUGGGUCAGCAACAUGCAGCCAGAGUGCUCCACCGAAUUGGCUGUGGAUUUCCCAAUGACGUCUUGCAGCUCGGAAAGAGACACUGAGAAUGAGCUAGAUCUUGCCCAGGGAUUAGGGGAUAAUUCCAAUAGCACCACGUCGACUUUGAAUGAAGAGAUAGCUGCCAUGGAUGACAUGGGCUCCAAUCCAGUCUUUCAUGAUUUCACCCUUCCAAGCUGGCCCCAGAUGGGUAGUAGUGGCAAUCUAGCCUCACUGGAAUGCAGUAUGUAAUCCAGAACCCAGUCAGGGGACUAGACCAAGAGAGAGAUUUACCAGUUCCCAAGCUCAAAAUAUUGUUGCCUUUAUGAAGCAGUUCAGUUUCUUCAGCUUGCUUCAUACCAGAGGAAUAGUUUCAUAAACUUUUGAAGAUUUGAAAAUCAACUGUUACUGGAAAGGGAGUGUGUUUAGCCUCCUGUCUGCAGUCGGAUGUAAAAUCUUUUCGUUAUUUUUUGUUCGUGCAUAAUGGAGCCGGCCAACUGAUUUCCAACUCAUCUGUUCAUCUACACAUAAAUCAUCACAGGAACAUUGCUUUCAGUGGUGAGUUGGUGAACACUGUGAGCUUGUGUGGAGUUUGUUUUGGGGUUUACUUUGGCCAGCUUUGUUUUGGCAAGACGUGACCAUAAUUCAGAGAUAAGCAUUGGUCACAAAAUGAGUUUUAAGAAUGUGUACAUUGAGUAUUCAGAUUUUUGACGUACAUUUUGUGUAGAUAACGUUUUUCCGUUUUUUGUUAACCUACGCACAGAGUGUAGUGUAUGUGCAACCUUUCUAUGCCGUUAUUUGUCAGUUGUAGAACUGACUUUGUUCAAUUUGUAUUGAGUCAAUGUGAAUAGAUUUGAACAUAUUUUGUGAAGAUUUUUGAGUAAAUACUAAAAAUGUAAAUACUAGAAAAACAAGCUACUUUUUGGCAUUUUAAAAAGUGUAGUUUCAUGUAGCUUUUACCGUUGUGUGAAUAAAUUAAAUGCAUUUUUGAAAUGUUUUUUCUGGCACAGUUUGUUACAGAUUUUUUAGAAUUCUCUGUAUUUUAGAUAUGAAGUGGAAUUGGAUGCCAGUUUCAUGUGUGUUUUGUGAUACUUGGAAAAAUGGUUUUGUUUUGUUUUUAAUCUUCUGAAAGUGUAAGAACUUUCCGGUAACUUUGCGUGUCUUGAAAUUUACAGAUAGUGCAUUCGUGUUUGUUCAAACAAAUUAAAUGAAUUGAUCCCUGGUUUAAUAGGUUUUCCAUAUUGGUAUGAUGUUGUCUUAGUUACGUGUUAAUGAAAAAAACAAAUGUCAAAACUGACAAUGAAAUGUGACAAAUGAAAUAAACGUUUGAACAAUCAUUAUGUACAUGAAUAUUUAAAAUAAAAACAAAUUAUAAUUAUAUAUUUUCAUAAAUAUGGGAUUGAUUGUUCAUUAGAUUGGGAGGUGUUGUAAUGUGUACGUGUACAUCAACAACAUGUACAGGUAGAAAAUGCCUUUGACUUUUUAGGAAACUCGUUUAGAUACAUGUACAAAAUUGCACAGUUAUGUCAUUUUUAUACCAUUUUCUUCAUUUGCUUGUACAGUUGAAUUUAAUUGGGUGCAGGCACAGUUUUACAUGAAAUGUUUUGGAGCUUUUUUGGAGGGGGAGAGAGAAGUUGCGAGGCUAAUAUAUUCGAAGCAUUUUCAGAAAUGAGCAAAAUAUUUCAAUCAGACUAGAGAUGUGUGGAUAAUCCAUCGGUGAAGAAUUCUGUGGUAGCACAACUUACAUGUAUGUAUCUCUUUUGUGAGUUGUGUGGAAUUAUUAUCUGACAGCCAGUAAUUGGAAAUUUGUAGAGUAACAAUUUAAUAACUAAACACUGGCCGAUUAUUUUUCGGUUGAUUUUUUUCGUUCAAAAGUAAAGAACUUUUGCAUUACUAGAAAUAUAGCAAUUUCGAAAACAAAUUCUAUUUUUCGGGAUGAAACUCCAAAUUAGCACAGGGAAUGCAAAUGUCAACUUGGACAUUCCAACGGUGUACCCCCAGUACCUGCUCUGGUUGUUUCACAGUGUUCUCCUGAAGAGCAGUGUUCGAAAUAUCCAGUUAAACCAAUUCUUCUCAUAAUCACACACAACUCACAAACAAGAUUUACAUGAUGCCACUACAAAUCCUUCAAUCAUUUAUCCAGAUUUUUCAGAAAAUAAUUCUCAACAAAACAAGCGCUUUAGGACUGCAUUCCGUUGGGUAACACUACAGGAAUGCUGUACAAUGUGAACAAAAAUCCCUUCACAAAACUCCAGCAACUGCCCCUAUGUAGAACUGUGCCUAGUUGUUCAGCUUUCAUGUUUUGCAGAUGGUCGGCCCUCUUGCGGUGUCACACUUGCAUGCAUCAUAGAAUGUGGAAAUGCCUUGAUUGUAAAGAUGUUGGGUUUACCAGGAGGGGUAUUGAGUGUCAAAGGUCAUAUGUGGCUAAAGUUUUUGGGUGAUGAGGCUUUAUCGUUUUGGAACAAGCUAGGCAGAAAAAAACAGCAUGUAUGCACAACAACAAUUUUUUUAAUUUUUGGGGCAACUUCUUGCAAUGUUGAAUGACCCCCGACCAAAAUUACCCAUUCCUACAAAUCUUUUGCCUGUGCACACCUGCUGUUUUUAAAUUUGUUAACUUAGCAUUCGUUCCCGUUGAGAAGCUGAAGAUUAUUUUGACGUUGCGCCGUCUGUGCUUGCGAUGGUCUUUUGAUAUGGUGCAUUCUACUUGUGGAUUCGGUCUUUAGGGUGGUGGCCUUUUUAUUCAAGCAGUGCAGAAUACCUGAUGCUCAGUGGAAAGUACAUGAAUGUGCCAUGCUCUCUGUCCAUGUUACAGCCUCAAUCUGAUGGAGCACCUAAAUGAUGAGAUGACGAUCUCCUACACCACUCAAAAUCCAAAGAAGAAUCGUCAUAACCCAACCUGUAGAAAUUUCAGCUCGGUGGAUACACUUUUGGAGAAAACAGUGAAAAACCAUGCACAACCUUUUGAUCUCGAAACACGAUUUCAUC